CAACCGAUCUCCCAUCGUGCCAUGCGGCAUUUUCUUGUGAGGGUUGAGCGCAGCCGCCAUUUUGUCAGACUUGCGAAGGGAGAGGAGGAGAAGCUGGCGACUGUGCUGCCGUGUGCCAUACGGUGUGAGGGGCCUAUGGAUUAAGCUCUGGUCCGGGGGCAGCACACCGUUCUCUCGCCCAUAUAUAUUUAUAUAAUUUAUUCGUUUUUGUUGCCCUCCACCGCUUCUCGGACAGACAAGAUGUCGGCGGGAGACGAUGCCAGAGAAGACGCGUGUCGGGAUUACCUGUCGUCUCUGGAAGACCUGACGUAUAACAGCAAGCCGCACAUCAACAUGCUGACCAUUCUGGCUGAGGAGAACGUGCAGUUCGCCAAGGAUAUCGGCGUUCUUAUCGAAGCGCAAAUCGCCAAGGCUGCGGCUGCGGAGAAGCUUCCGGUUUUGUAUCUAAUGGAUUCCAUUGUUAAAAAUGUCGGGAGAGACUAUCUUGCUGCAUUUGCCAAAAACCUAGUUACCACAUUUGUUUGUGUGUUUGAAAAGGUGGAUGAAAACACUAGGAAAAGUUUAUUUAAGUUGCGUUCGACAUGGGAUGAAUUAUUUCCAUCAAAGAAAUUGUAUGCACUUGAUGUCAGAGUCAACCAAAUAGAUCCUGCCUGGCCAAUUAAGCCUCUGCCCCCAAAUGUGAACACUUCUAGUAUCCAUGUGAAUCCUAAAUUCCUGAACAAACCAGAGGAAACACCGCCAGCUAAAGUGCCAAGUGCUGUGCCACCUCGUGCUAACCCUGAGGUACAAAAGCAACUGUCACAAGAGCAGUUAAUAAGGCAACAGCUGCUGGUGAAGCAAAAACAGUUAUUAGAGCUUCAACAAAAGAAGUUGGAGCUUGAACUUGAACAGACAAGAGAACAGCUGGCACUUUCCUCCUCAAAACCAGUUGUCACCCCAAAAAUUCCACACAUGCCAGUUAAGGCCCCACAGCCUGUUUCUCAGAAUUUUGAAAAGAUCAAAAUUCCUCCUUUUUCUCAGCCCAUUGAAAAACCCCAUGAAAAAAUGCCUGCGCCAAGUAGAGAUCCUCGCCUUGUUAAAGAAAAUCAACAUUCAGCCCACAUGAAAGAUCUAGGGCACAAAAAGGAGGCGAAAACCAACAUCACAAAUAUGCCAGAUCUAAAGCCUAUUAAACCUCUUUUAAAUGAUAAAGCAAAUGCUUCUGCAAAGCCUGAAAAGUCGAAGUCUAAUGAAAAGCUACCUAAGCGAGAAUCUGUGCAAUCUGAACUUAAAGAUCGAUCCAAAUCACAGUCUCCUUUCAAAGCUAAAUUGCCUCAUGUGAGAGAGAAAUCUCAAGGUGUGGAGAAUGUAAAGGAAUUGGAAGUAAAUAGGAGAGACCCAAGGCUGCACAAGCAUCUCCGCACUAAAUCUGAUAAUAAAGACAGUGAGCCGAAAGAGAAGCGGAAAUGUGACAAGAAAGAGGACCAUAAAUCGGAGCACAGAGCAGCAACAAACCGAAACAAACCCGUUGGUGGCAUUGUGCAAAAAAAUGAACCCGUUGCAAAUUAUCCAGAAAAAUUGAAACCUGGAAGAAUCAGCAAUAGAAAAAGGUCACGAUCACCAAAAAGCCGAUCGCCAGCCCACUCUCCUAAGGGUAGAGAUAGAAGGUCACCCAAAGUACGGCCAAGAAGCACAUCUCCUGUUCAUUCCCUCCCAAAAAUUGGCAGAUUGCGUCCGCCUGUAAGUAAACCAUCUCACACGGAGGACUUCAACUCAAGCUCUCGGGAAGAGCGAAUGAAAAGAACUGCAAAAACAGAUGUACGAGACAACAGAAGGCAAAAGAGACUGUCGGAGGAGAGGCCACAGGAUCCUGUAUCGUCAAUGUCUACUAAGUCCAAUACAGAGCCAAAACCAGAUCUAGAAAAUUGGCAAGGGCCUCAAGCCAACAAGCGUUGGAAGAGCGGAUGGGAGGACAAUAAAAAUUCUCAGAAUAAAGACCAUCAUCAGAGUAUCCGCCCCCCCUAUCAGAGGCAUAAUAGUUGGCAAAAUAGUUCAAAAGAAGUUGCCUCUCCUCGGACUCCAAAACAGCAGCAUUGGUUAAGUGUUGAUGCUGAUCUAAAAAUACCUAAAGAAUUAACAAGUGCAAGCAAAGCAGAGUUGCUGAAAAAGGCAAAUGAACGCUUUUCCUUGGGAGAAAUUACACACGAUGAGCUUCUUGUGGUGGUACAUCAAAUACGUCAACUCUUCCAGUACCAAGAAGAAAAACAGCGAUGUAGUGUAUGGGAUAGCCCCACCGAGGAAAACAAAGGUGGGUUAAGCAAGAAACCUCUGCUUUCUAACGAAGAAAUGACUUAUUAUGAGCAUAAAGCAAAACUGAAAAGGACUCAAGUUCAGCAUGCAUUUUCAGACGGAGAAUAUGUGGAUCCAGAAUAUCUGGACUUAGAGCUUGAAGAAAUGGUGCACUCAGGCAGAGACACAGAACAUGGUGGGAGAACGGAAGGCGGUGUGCCUGAAAGAAAUGAACCGUUUCCUGAAAGACAAAGGCAUUCCCCUUUACCUGUGACUAGACCGCAUCCAGAUGAUGCACACGAUGGUUAUAGAAGGCACAAAGAUCAGCUGGAACUUCCCAAAGGUUCACGAGAGGAACAGAGAUCUGUGUUUACUGAACGAUUCCCACACUCCGUACCCAUGUACGAUGAAUCUGAAGCAGUUCCUUACGGGGAAAGUGCAGAUUCCAGGAUGAGUGGCAACAAUUCAAAUCAAAAGAACACUCUGAUGGAAGAGAGGAGACCACUACUUGAUAUCCCACCACAUAUACCUGUUAACAGAGGAGAUGCCCCUAUCAUGAAAGUUUUUGAAGAGCCUUCCAGUGUUGCAAACGUUAGGGAAAGUUCUCCGGUAAAUGCAUGCAUGCCAUUUGAUGGUGCAUCAGUAAAUCAGGUCGGAUCUCAGCGCUUUGAUGUAGUCCCAGGACAACCAGUUGAUUCCCAUUUUGAUGGUAUGGGUGCCAACCAAGUUGAGAACACACGGUUUGAUGGUAUGAAUCGGCAGGGUCAGCAAGGUAUGCAGAAAUAUGAAGGCGUGCAAAAUCAAGCUAUAGUAUCAAGCCAGCCUAUGGCAAUGCAAAGAUUAGAGGGCCCUACAGGUCAGCCAAUGAAUGCAGCAAGAUUUGAAGGACCCCCAGGUCAACAGUUGGGAGCAUUAAGAUUUGAAGGAGCCCCUGGGCAACCAAUGGGUCCUCAACGAUUUGAGGGAAUGCAGCCAUUAGGCCCUCAAAGAUUUGACGGAGUAGUAGGUCCACAAGGUCCACAAAGAUUUGAUGGCUCUCCUAGACCACCAUUAAUGCAGCAAAGGUUUGAGGGUGGACCAUGUCAGCCUAUGAGAUUUGAACAGCCAAUGAGGCAACCAGUGAGGUUUGAAGGGCUGGUUGGUCCAAGAUUUGAAGUGAAUCCGCCUCAGCGAUUUGACAGUGGACCUCGUCCGCAACCCUUAAUGAGGUUUGAUGGGCCAAUGGGGCAGAUUAGACCAAGGUUUGAUGGAACACCCGUUAAUAGGUUUGACAGUAAACCACCUCAUAUUCAAAGGUUUGAUCUGCCUGGACAACCCUGCCAAAGAUUUGAAGGCCCACCAGGACAUCAAACACCUCCACGGUUUGAUGGACCAAUGCAGGUUCAACCGCGGUUUGAUGGUCCUAUGCCACAAAGGUUUGAUGGCCCAAAUCAGCAACCUAGAUUUGAUCUUCAAAUGAGUCAAGGACCACGCUUUGAUAAUAUUCAUCCACCCAUAAGGCAAAAUGCUCCACCUUUUGGACAAACUGGUCCUUAUGGUGACCCUCAGAACCAUUUCCAUGGACAGCCACAGAGUAUGCAACCACAAGGUAUGCCCCUCCAGGGGAUGCAGACACAAGGCAUGUUGCCACAAGGCAUGCCCCCUCAGGGGAUGCAACCACAAGGAAUGCCCCAUCAGGGUAUAGUGCCACAGGGAAUGCAGCCACAAGGAAUGCCACCUCAAGGGAUGCAGGCACAAGGAAUGCCGCCUCAGGGAAUGCAGCAACAAGGAAUGCCACUUCAGCGGCCCGAACAAAGGUUUGACUUGCCACAGGGACCAAAUUUUGCUGGACCUUCUGGUCCUGGAGUGCAGUCUUUUCCAAACCAGCUUCCUAGACCAUCUGGGCCUUAUUUCGAUGAUAACAAUCCGAAUUCCCAAGGACCACAGUUUUCAAACUUUAAUAACCUUCCUGUAGGAAACUUGACAGCAAGCCAACAGUUUGGACCAUUAGGAGGAAUGUCUCAGCCUGCAGGAAUAUCUCAACCUCCUGGAAUGUCUCAGCCAGCAUUUUCAAGUCUAGAUCAGAACUAUGUUCCCCCACAGGGGCCUGCAGGAGGAGUUUUUGUUCAGCCAGGUGGUUCAUUUCCAUUUCCUGAAAAUCACUUGGGACAGCUUGAUGUUAAUGAGUUAUUCUCGAAGCUGCUUUCAACAGGAAUACUUAUGAAAGUUACACCCAAGGAAUCAUCUACUCAAUGUACUGAAGAAGUAGCUGAAUCUUCUGCACCUGCUGCAGUUGAAGAAGAGGAGGAAGAUGCAGAUGAAGAUCAGGAUGUCCCGGACCUCACUAGUUUUAAUAUGGAAGACCUAAAACAUCGCUACGACAGUGUUAUAAAUAGAAUCUAUACUGGUAUCCAGUGCUAUUCUUGUGGCAUGAGGUUUACCAAAUCGCAAACUGAUAUCUACGCAGAUCAUCUGGAUUGGCAUUAUCGUCAAAACAGGACCGAGAAGGACGUUAGCAGGAAAAUAACUCACCGGAGGUGGUACUAUAGUUUAAAAGACUGGAUAGAGUUUGAAGAAAUAGCCGACUUGGAGGAGCGGGCAAAGAGUCAGUUCUUUGAGAAGGUGCACGAGGAAGUUAUACUAAAAACUCAAGAAGCUGCUAAAGAGAAGGAAUUUCAAAGUGUUCAAGCUGGACCGGCAGGGGCAGAUGAGAUAUGUGAAAUUUGCCAAGAACAGUUUGAACAGUACUGGGAUGAGGAGGAGGAAGAGUGGCAUCUAAAAAAUGCAAUGCGCGUGAAUGAAAAGAUUUACCACCCAUCGUGCUAUGAUGACUAUAAAAAUACAUCGUCGUUCUUGGAUAACACACCAUCUCCCAGCAAAACUCUUCUUGAAAACCCGCUCAAUGCCAUGUUAAGUCUGGUCAAAGAGGAGGUAACCGAGCCUUCAUGUUCUGUGAAAGUAGAACCAGCCGAUAACGAAGCCCCGAGCUCAUGUGAGAUACCUCUGCUCACGGACAUUAAAAAAGAGCCCGACGAAUCAGAGUAAAAUAAGGUUUCUUUUUACAGUUUCACAGUAAAAGCUGCUGCCAUAAUACUUCUUAGAAGGCUAAGAACUCCUAACCCGGGGCAGGGACCCCGGCUCUAAUUUGCUUACUGAAUACAUUUUUGUAUUUGAAUUUCUUACGCCUGCACAGUUACAUGUGUGGAGAUUGUGUAAUGUGUGCAGAGAAUGAAAUUGUAUGGAAGACUCGCACUGUAAGUUAUAAAUAAAACUAUUUUUGAUAUA